AUGACAUUAUGUGGCAUGUUCAACGUCAUGAAUAUUGAAGAUAAUUCCACAAGUAGCGCCAGCAGUGCACCCCCAAUACCAGCAGUUUCAUCUUCACCAAAUAUUGGGGAAAUCAAGAGAAAAAUGUCACUGAGUUCAUCAAAUGGCAAUGGUCACAAAACAGUAGAAGUGAAUGGUUCAGAGUCGCCCAAACUUGGUCGAAGGUGGUUGGCUGACAGUGUUGCUAAUGGGACGUCUAGAAGCAGUGACGAUGCAGGUAUCAGCAGCUCAAAUAUGGAAGCUUUCAAACAAGAAAUCUUGGAUGAAAUGAGGAAAGAAAUACAGAAAGCCAAACAGGAGAUAAUUGAAGGUACUUGAUUGCCGUGAAUUUCAGAAAAAUAAAAGUAGUCAAAGUCAAAUCUGUAGCCUGCAAAACUUGACACCCAAUAAUUUUUUUUUAGCUAAGUUAACAGAAACAUCAAUAUUAAUGAACUUUUAUAA